GCUCUACCCAUCUCAUCUUCGACCCCAUCGCCGUCGCCCGAACUCCAACCCUCUCUCUUACUCGGCGACAGACUCUUCUCGGCCCACGCGCAGCAACUUCACCUGCAGCAAUGGCGGCGGCACCUCCUUUAGAAAAGCUUGCGGUGCCCGUGGAGGUCGAAGUCACGCCCAUAACGCAUCUCGAGCCUGUGCGCACAAAUGGCUUCAUGGACCUCAUCCUAGACACAUAUCAGUCCUUCCAGGCGCGAAGGGAAGCACUGGGGUUGAGCAAUCCAGGCACAGUUGAUGGCAUUGCACGAGAGGUGCAACGCGACGUCUUUCUCACCAACCAGACCUUCUCAGGACUGCGCGCCGAGCUCAACAAGAGUUUCUCCAUCUACCCAUUAUUCCAAAUCAGCCAUGCCUUUUCCAGCGGGUCGCAAAUGCUAUCGCCGUACACCUUCCUGGCACUUUACGGCACCAACAACACACUCUGCCAGGCUCAACUCGAUUCAGAUGCCUCGUUCAAUGCCCGUUUCAACCAGCGCAUCACCAACCGUCUCAUGUUCAAGUCCUCCGUACAGAUACAGUCUGCAUCGGGAAUGAGCCCAGGAGGAGCGCAAGUGUCUCUGGAGCAAGACUACACGGGUAACGACUUUACGGCGUCGCUGAAGAGCAUCAACCCCAGCUUGCUGGAAGGCGAGCUGACGGGCAUGUUCAUCGGUUCGUACCUCCAGAGCAUCACACCGCGAUUGUCGUUGGGUAUGGAGGGUGUUGUGCAAAGGCCAGGAAGCGGCAUGGGACCAGAGGCAGCAGUCAGCUAUGCAGGGCGAUACAGGGGCGAUGACUGGAUCGCAAGCGCACAACUCUUGACACAGGGUGGUGUACAGCUGAGCUACUGGAAGAAGCUCAUGGACAAGGUGGAGACCGGUGUGGACGUCAAUCUGCAAUUCGCAGGCCUUUCUGGUGCGGGUAUGAUGGGAGGAGGUCGGAAAGAGGGCGUGGCAACGUUUGGCACCAAGUACGAGUUUUCACGAUCGAUCUUCCGCGCACAAAUCGACAGCCAGGGCAAGCUCGGAUGCCUGUUGGAGAAGAUUGUUGCGCCGCCAGUCAAGCUCACAUUUGCUGGUGAGCUGGACCACGUCAAGAACUCUGCCAAACUCGGUCUCGCAGUAUCAAUCGAAGCAUCAGGCGAAGAACUCAUGGAGCAACAGGACAAAAUUUCGCCCGCCUCGCCUCCCUUCUAAGCGCAUACGAUGACAACGAUGCGUCCCGAAUGGAGUUCCCGCUUGGUCACUCUUCCUUCUCCUUGUACAAUACUCGAUUAAAAAGCGUAGAGACGGACGGCCGACGACUGCAUGUGUGUGUCUGAAGAGCAGCCACGUGCGGCGUAGCUCGGAUGUAUCUGAGAGACGCAGAUGGAGGUUCAUCGAUUCCAGUGUUCGGCUUGGGUUCAUGAUGCAUAGCGGACGGAGCAGCAGCGGUGGCGGCGGAGCGUCAACGACAGGCAGACAUAGGCCGCGGUGUGUAGUAAUGCUACGUAGAAAGCACAGGAGUAGCUUUGUGUACAUUUACCAGAAAAUACCAUCACCUUCCCACCU